AAGAUAAUUCCGCUGGUAGCGCUAGCGAUUAAUCGGAACAUCUGAUUUUUUCAGAAGAUUUUGGUUUCAAGAUUUGGAAUUGUUUAUGUCGAGCGAUUCCCAACCUGUAUAUCUUUAAUCGUGGUGACCACAGAAUUGUUCUACCUUAUCAUUGUUUUUUUUUUCCAAUACAUUUUUAUAAAAAUAAUAUAAUCCAAGUCUACUAAUCUAUUUCAGCUUUAUAUUUGUUUGUAUUUUUUCAUUUAUUGUUUUUAAUUUUUAUUUGUCUAUGCUUAAAACUAUAAAAUCGCCACUAGUGUAAACGUAAGGUGUUUCAUUUCUAUAAAGUUAGUCAAUACUAGUGUUUUUAUAUUAAAUCUUAGUCUUCUGUGUUUAACAACGAAUGAUGUACGCCAUGGCGUACUAACAAUACGCAAUCUAUAUGAUAUUUAAAUAUCCACUGCUUGGGGUAGUUGAAUAAAGUAUUUCAUUGCAGAUGGCAGUUCACAGACAGUGCUAAUUGAUUUUCACAAAACUUACAAAAUUCAAACGCCAUCCAAAAAUUGUAAUUAAAACAGUCAUUCAUCGAUUUUUUUCUACAUCUUAAAAUUGAAACCAACAACUGUGAUGAACCCGCCGACACGAAUAAAAGAACAUAGUAUUGCUACUAUAUUGGACUUGCCAACAGAGUUGAUUGUGAAUAUUUGCAGUUGUGAUGUAAUAAAAUUGACUGAUAUUUUCAAUUUGGCCAUUUGCCAUUCAAAACUAAAUAACUCCUUAUUUCACGAACAAAACUCUGUUCUUUGGAAAUCAAAAUAUAUACAAAAGUAGAUACAUACUUUUGAAUUACCUGUUUAUUAUUAGCUAUUUGUAAUUAGCCAGAUAAUAAUUUACUACUAAUUUGUUUUUUCUUUUUCAUAUAAUAUUAGAUAUGGUCCAUUGUAUAAAAAUGAAUUUGAAGUUAAUAUUGAUGAACAAAAUACUUGGAAGAAUGAAAUUAGUUUACGUGUAAGUUUGGAUAAAUUUGUGUCAUAUGAAAUUGAACAAAUGCCUGGAAAGUAUUUGAGGUACAAAAGUGUCCCAUAUCAUUUGCUUCCAUUCGCUGAACAUUUGCACUCAAAACAUCAAAGCCAUAGGUUUUAUGUUUUAUCUGCUGUUUUAACCUUUUAUAAGCGCCUAUUGAAUAAUGAUUGGUAAUUUUUUUUAUAUAAAUUUGUUUUAUGUACAGUAAUUUUUCAUUUAUUGACAUCAAUUUUAAUGACUUUCAGUUGUAAUGCAAACUAUGAUCUCUUAUAUAUGGCUCAUAUAUUUCUUAUUUACUCAUCUCAAGUGUAUUUUGGGUACAAAUUAAAGGAUUUUUUAUGUUCACCAAUUACAGGACAAAUAACAGAACAAGGAUUUUACUUACUCGGACGUUGGUGGUGCCCUUCAGAUGAUACAUCAUACUGGGAUAUGAGUAGGUGUACAUCAUAAAAUCAAUGUAUAUUGAAUACCCGUUGAAUUAUAAUCGUAUUUUAUUUAUUAUAUACAGACAACAAAUUUAAUGACAUAGCUGUAAAAGUGUGCAAAACCAUCCAGGACAUCAACCCGCUGCAUCCAAUUGUUGGCAAAGAAAGUGGUUUGGAUCAAAUAUAUAAACGUGGACAGAAUAUUUUAGAUCAUGAUUUAUUUAAUGAAACUAGUACAAUUUGUAUACUUGACUGUCUUCGACAAGUUAUGUUUGCUAAUAGAGAUAUAGUAUGUUAUUGUACUCGUGACAUAAAUUGCUUUUUAAUGCAAAAGGUACAUAAUCAUUCACCUCAAUAAAUGUAUAAUUUAUAAUUUUUUAAUAUUUUUCCUUAGGUUCUUGAACGUCAAAGAGGUUCUGUGUUUAUAUUAUGUGUAAUAUUUGAAUCGGUUGCUAGAAGAUUAGGAGUGAAAGUCAAAUUAACUGCAACAUCUGUUCAUCAUUUUGUAUCUUGGUCAUCCUCUUGGCCUGGACAUACACAUAGAAAUCCUACAUGCUAUUUGAUUGAUAUUAAUGCAGGUGGUGUCAUGCGAGAGGCUACAAUUUGUCCAGUUACAAAAAAAUUACCCGAUUGUUUUGAUUUAAAUUCAAUACCUGAUGUAAGUAUUUUACUCAUAUUCCAAACAAAUAUUAUAAUUUAAUUUGACUAAUAGUUUUGAUUUUGUAUAUCUAAAAAUUAAUAACUAAAUUUCAUAAUGAAUACAAAUAUAUGAUACCUAAUUAAUGAUGAUCCAAUUUUUUUGUUAGUAAAUUAUAUGUACAAAUAAAAUAAUGUUAUUUGCUGGUUGUAUACCAAGCUUUUUGCUUGAUAUAUAUAUAUUAUUAACACAUAUAUAUAUAUAUAUAUAUAUAUAUAUAUAUGUUUUAUCAAAUCACUUGUGGAAGUUGUGUGUGGUUAUACACAAAUUAUAAAUUAUUACAGUUUCCAGUGACAAACCUUGAUACUAUAAAUAAAUAAAGCUACAAUAUUGUUUGUUGUCUCGUCAUUGUUACCCUUAUAUUUAUAAUUAUCGUAUAUUUCUUAAUACAUAGAAUUAAAUGAGUGAUAUCAAUAAUAAUAGGAAAAUUAAUAAUACUCAUAAUUUUUAGUGAUCUAUUGUAAUAUUAAUAGAUAGUAAUAGAUUAUUUUAAAUUUCAACUGUAUAUAUAUAUUAAAUUUACAUUGUUUAUUAAUUUUUUUUUACUUAUUCAGGUAUAAUAAUAUAUAAAAUGUAUUAUUAUUAUUAUUGUUUGAUGUUUUUAGUUGUUUUGGUUAUUUAGUAGAACUAUGGAACAAAUCACUAUGAUCAAUAUGAUUACAUAUAAAUUUGUAUUGGAUUUUCAAAAAAUCCUUAAACCCAAUGAUAGUGAGGUUAAAUUUAGGUAUCAGAAAUUUCAUGAUUGUUAUGACUAUUGUAUUUGCCCGUUGCUGAGAGAUUCAUUAAAUCCUCAUGUAAGUAUUGUAUAAUAAUACUUUAUAAUAUAUACCCUCAUAAUGUAUAAACUUAAUAAACUUAUUAUACUCUUUUUAUUUUAUUAAAGUUAAGUAGAUAUUAAUUUUAUUUUGUCUAAAACAUAUACAUAGUAUAGCAAUUUAGACCAGUUUCCUUCAAUUAAUAGAUUCAUUGAAGUGAUUAGAAUUCUGAAAACUGAUUUAAACUUAGCUUGAAAUGUAUAUGAGGUUGAUCCUGACCACUUCUUUGAAUUUAAAAAUUAUUAAAUUGUAUAAAACUGAUUAAUUAAAUUAAAUUUUUAUACAAUUCACACAGAAAUAAAAUAUGUUUUAGAAUUAUCAAUUUAUUUCAAUAAACUGGUUAAAAGAAAAUUUGAAAUUUUACUCUAAAAUUUAAAAAAAAAAUUGAAUUAGUCAUUUUAUAAAAUAGAUUUUUAGAAAACUGUUGGUGCUUGUAUCUUCUGUUUAGGUUUUUUAUUUUCUACUUUUUUUUUUUUAAGUUUUUCAUAUGUGAAUAUUGUGGUUUAUAAUUUAUCAUCAUAUUGAAUCAAUGGUGAGUUAGUAGUAUUACUAUAGACGGAACAUUCAUUAUGAAAACACGUUCCACUGAGUGGAGUUUUAUUUAGAGAACAGAAACACUUAAGAUAAUAAACAAUGUGUUUUAAUUGGCUAUCCUUUGAGUGCAAAUUUGCUCUCUAUCACAUUAGACUAUAUAUCUCUCAUGGUCCAUUUGGAUUGACCACACCUCCCUGUCCUCAGGGUGAAUAUUUCAUCCAGAUAUAUAAGUCUGACUAUUGCUGUAUAAUAUUACCUUAUGGAAAAAAAAUCACCAUUUUAUGUGCUCUGACUACUGAUUAAAUAUUAUAAAGAUUAUAAACCACAAUAAUAAUUAUUAUUUAUUUAUUUAUUUAGCAGUAAUAGAGUUAAUAUUUUUUUUUUUUAAUACUGCUUUGCCUAUCACUAAGGUAAACCUUGUGACAAUAGACAAGAAUCAACAUAUAACACAAAAUUAAUUUUAUUAGUAGUAAUAACCUAAUUAAAUGUGAUGUAUUUAAUAUAUUUAUAAUAAUUUUAAUAAUGUAAUAAUUGCCGUGGGCUAAAAAAAUGGAUAAUACAAAUAAAAUAAUCUUAGUAAUAAAAAAUAUAAAGGAAGUAAAAUAAUAUUCACAUUUGCCAAAACUUCAACAAUUUUUAGAAAAUAUAAAACCACUCCUAUACAAAAGUUCAACCACCAAAAAUUGUUUAAAAAUCUAUUCCAAAAUUGCUAUUUUGAAAUUUUUUAAAAAUAUAGUCAAAUUUUAAUUUUAAAUGCCCUUUUAAAAAAAUAUGUUUUUUAUUAUACAAACUGUAGUAAAGAAGCAAACAAAUUAUUUAAAAAAAAAAUAUUGAACAGAACAAAAGUUACUUUAAGUGGUGAUCAUCUUGAAACACUGUAUAUUCUAAAAUGUUACCUACAUUGCCGUUGUAUUUUUCUCCAUUAUGUUUGAUAGUGAAAUCACAACUACAUUUUGUUUCUAUAUAAUCUAUAUUAAAAAUUCUAUAUUAGAUAUAGUUUUAGUUUAAAUCAGUUUUGGUAUUCAAUUUUUAAUUUUUAUCUAUCGGUUGAUGAGAUUAUCCACUUUCAAGUUAAUCAUUUUGAUAGGUAAUUUUUAAAAAGAUUUAUAUAUUAUUUAUCAUGGUUAAAUUGAUUAAUAUAAAAUUUGGAGGAAUUUUCAAUAAUAUGUACCACCUGGUACUGCAUGUCCCCUAAUUGAUUUAAUUGGUUCCUUAGUCUACUUAUGAUUUUUAUGAUAUCUUGUAUAUUUAUAUUAUAAAAUUAGUUUAUUUAUUUCAGGCACCAAAUCAUGCAGAUGUGAAAGACACUAUGUACACUAAUGUAAGUGAACAAAUUUAUUAUAUAAAUUAAAAUAUUUAACAUUUUAUUUCUCUUAGUGGGAAGAAAUUUUCCCUUUGGUACCCCAAACUCGUGGUACAAAUGAUGAUCCAAAAUAUUCAAUUGGCAUGAUGAUUGAUACUAUAGCUGUGGGUAGUGGUUCUUGUUCUAGUAUAAAAAAUAAACGUGGUAUUAUUGUGGGUUGGACAAAAGUGCUCAGUACCAAUACAUCAUCAAAAAAAACUGUUUACCUCUACCAUGUGCUCAUCAGACCUGACAGUUGUUUUAGGGCAGGCAAAUAUCAAAACCCUGUUAUAAAAUCUCUAAUGGAAAACAAACAUGGUAUGCUAAACCUAUUUUUGUUUCUCUAUAGUGGUAUUUAAUUAUAUAUUAUACUUUUUAGAAAUAUUAGCAAUGUUGCUUUAAAUUGAUAUCUGAAUAAUCAUAAAAAUUUUAUUACAGAAAAACUUAAAAGACAACUAGAAUCAUAUGAUUACAAUUUCAAGAACAUUGGCAAGUUUUUUAAACAUUACAGUUAUGAUUUGUGUGCAUUUAUACCUAUUAAUGAUUUAGCAAAGCUCUACCCGGAUGAUCAUUCCUUCACAGUUAGUAAAUCAGGGAAACUUAAAAAUAAAAUAAAAUUAUCUAAUUUUGUUCCUAAAUUUUAAUGUGAUUUUCUUUUUUUAACUAUACUUUAUUGUGUGUAAGUUUAAGUCGAUUAUAGCAAGACAAACAUCCUGUCAGUUUCUAAACCUAUUUAGUGUAGUUUUGAUAAAGACUCAUUUGACAGGAGAAGCAAUAUACAUAUAUGUGGAAUACAUUUUACAAGAUUAUUCUUUUUCCUCAACUUGUAAAUGCAUGCAAUUGUAUCCUAGACUAUUGAUUUUAUAAAAUUAAUACUUAAACAGAUAUUUUAUUUGUAUUUAU